UUGUGGCUCCAAAUGUUUAAAUCCGGACACAGACAAACAGACAGAGGCAGAAACAGCUUGCAGUAUGCUAAUCGCAAAGAAGGGACCAUUUUCUGGUUGUUACGAAAAAAUUCCACCUCAGAAAUUCUUUGAUGAAUGCGUUAAAGAUGUGGCAGCACAACCAAAAGACAAGACUGUUCACUGUCGCCACAUACAAAGGUAUGUCGCCAGCUGUCAAGAGAUUGGGACGACAAUCAACAGCUGGAGGAAUAAAACCUUCUGUCCACUCACAUGUUUCAAAAACAGUCACUAUGAACUCUGCGCUGACACCUGUUCCUCGACCUGUGCAAGCCUGACAAAGUCACAGAAAUGCCCGAUGUGUCAGGAAGGAUGUCAGUGUGAUGAUGGCUUUUUGUUUGAUGGAGGUGAAUGUAAGACUUUGGAUGACUGUGGUUGUAAUGUAAAUGGAAAGUUUUACAAGUCUGGUGAGACAGUCAUUCGGGGAGAGUGUGAAGAGAAAUGCUACUGCAAAGCCGGAGUGUUCUCAUGUGAACCCUUGGAAUGCAAUGAAGAUCAGAUCUGUGGCAAAAAAGAUGGCGCCAUUGGGUGCUACAGCAAAGCUACUUACUGUCCAGUCAAUAUGCAUUAUGAUGCCUGUGGCACUGCCUGUCCCCCCUCUUGUGCUGAUAGAGAUGGUCCAGAAGAGUGCACACUGCCAUGUGUGGAAGGCUGCCUGUGCAAUGCAGGUUUUGUCCGCAGUGGAGAUGAAUGCACACCUGUGAAAAAGUGUGGCUGCACUUACAAAGACCGAUAUUAUCUAGCUGAGCAGACAUUUUGGGGUGACAAUAAAUGCACAGAGAAAUGUGUGUGUAACCCUCAAACUGGAAAGGUUGAAUGCACACCAACAAAAUGUAAGAAUCCCCUAGUGUGUGACACACGGAAUGGAGUGAGAGAUUGUUACCCAAUGUCCUAUAGUACCUGCCAGGGUGCAGGGGAUCCACACUACCGCACAUUUGAUGGUAAAACCUUUGACUUUCAAGGAACCUGCACCUAUUAUUUGUCCAAGCUACUCAAUACAGCUGACCCAUCAUUGAUACCUUUUGAGGUGUUGGUCAAGAAUGAGAACAGAGGAAGAAACAUGGCAGUUGCUUACACUAAGACUGUAUCCUUAACAGUCUAUGGAUACACAAUUGUCUUAAGCAAGGAAAGCCCACGCAAAGUGAAGGUCAACAACCAGUAUGUGAAUUUGCCAUUUGAACCAGAAGAUGGUCGACUUUCAAUAUUCUACAGUGGGUUCUUUGGCGUGAUAAAAACUGAGUUUGAUCUGACAUUGAAAUUCAACUGGGAUAGCCACGUGGCACUGACUCUCCCCAGCACUUACUACAGUCAAGUGGGGGGGCUUUGCGGCAACUGGAAUGACAAUGUCAAUGAUGAUUUGCUUACUCCUGACAAAACUCUUGCUGCCACCCCAACCAUUUUUGGAACCAGCUGGAAAGUCAAGGAUGACCCUGGAUGCUCAGAUGGAUGUCAGGGCAAAGCAUGUCCUAAAUGUGACGCCACCGAGAGAAACAAAGUCCCUUUUACAAAGCCUUGCAGCAAGAUCACUGACAAACAGGGACCAUUCAAAGGCUGCCAUAAUAAAGUGAAUCCAAAUCAGUUUUAUGAGGAUUGUGUGUAUGAUAUGUGUAUGUACGGGGGUCAUUCGUCAGCACUCUGCAGUGCUCUUACUGCAUACACAGCUGCUUGUCAAGAUGCACUUGGCCAAGUGGAAUCCUGGAGAACCAACAGUUUUUGCCCUACAAACUGUAAGGCACACAGCCACUAUGAGGUUUGUGCGACAGGAUGCCCACAGACGUGUUAUGGCCUCACUGAGCCCAAGGCCUGUGAGGAAACUCCCUGUGUUGAAGGUUGCACAUGUGACAAAGGCUUUGUCCUGAGCGAUGGUGAGUGUGUGGCUGCUAAGCAGUGUGGCUGUACUGAAAAGGGCAAGUACUAUCAGCUGGGUCAGGAAUUCUUCCCUCAGGACAAGUGCCAGCAGAGAUGUGUCUGCAAAGAGAAUGGAAGAGUUCAGUGUAAUGAUGGAUUCACCUGCAAACCAACUGAGAAGUGCCAGGUUCUGAAUGGUGUUCUGGGCUGUUUCCCAGAGAGCAAAGCCAUUUGCUCAGUGUCAGGCUUUGGGCUUUAUCAGACAUUUGAUGGGAAGUCCUUCACUGUUGAAGGAAACUGUGAGUAUAGAUUGGCAGAGACAGCUCAGAACAAGGAUGAGGACAUGAACUCUUUCAGUGUAUUAGUCAAACAGCAGUCCUCCUCUGAGAUAGUCUUUACUCGAAGAGUGGAAAUACAAAUAGAACUAUCCACGAUUACUUUGCUGCCCGGCCACAUCUGGGAGGUUCAGUUGAACAAAGUUAAAACUAAUCUCCCCGUGACUGUAAAUGAUGGACUGGUACAAGUCUAUCAGAGCGGUGUUAACAUUGUUGUGGAAACAGAGUUUGGAUUGAAACUGACAUAUGAUACAGUCUCCAUGGCCAAAAUCGAGAUCCCGUCCACUUUUAAAAAUGCAGUCAAAGGUCUCUGUGGUAACUACAAUGGAAACAGCGCCGAUGAUUUUCUCCUGCCAGAUGGUAUUCAGACAUCUUCCGUGGAGUACUUUGCUGACUCCUGGGUUUUGCCAUCAGAUAAAAUGAUGUGCCAAACAAAUUGUGGCUCCAAAUGUUUAAAUCCGGACAAAGACAAACAGACAGAGGCAGAAACAGCUUGCAGUAUGCUAAUCGCAAAGAAGGGACCAUUUUCUGGUUGUUACGAAAAAAUUCCACCUCAGAAAUUCUUCGAUGAAUGCGUUAAAGAUGUGGCAGCACAACCAAAAGACAAGACUGUUCACUGUCGCCACAUACAAAGGUAUGCCGCCAGCUGUCAAGAGAUUGGGAUGACAAUCAACAGCUGGAGGAAUAAAACCUUCUGUCCACUCGAGUGUUCGGCAAACAGUCACUAUGACCUUUGUGCUGAAACUUGUUCUUCAACCUGCGCCAGCCUGACUAACUCACAGGAUUGUCCACCAUGUCAGGAAGGAUGUCAGUGUGAUGAUGGCUUCUUGUUUGAUGGAGGUGAAUGCAAGACUUUGCAUGACUGUGGUUGUAAUGUAGAUGGAAAGUUUUACAAGUCAGGUGAGACAGUCUUUCAAGGACAGUGUAAAGAGAAAUGCCUCUGCAAAACUGGAGUGUUCUCCUGUGAACCAUUUAAAUGUGAUGCAGAUCAGAUCUGUGACAAAAAAGAAGGUGUAAUUGGGUGCUACAAGAAAGAUCCUUGCAGUAACUAUGAGUGCCGUGAACAAGAGUACUGCACUGUAAAGGACAAUACGGCACUGUGUGUUGCAAAGUCAAAGGCCUCCUGCAUUGCCAAAGACGAUCCUCUUUACAAAACCUUUGAUGGAAGCCACUUUUCCUUCCAGGGUACUUGCUCCUAUACUUUAGUUAAAACUUCAGGCAAAGACCUAACACUAACACCUUUCAGCAUCGUCAACAAGAAUGAGAUGCUCAAAGGCACACGUGGUGCUUACGUGAAGUCAGCCACCAUUACAGUCAGAGGACAUGAGAUCACUUUCAUCCGAGGAAACCGCAAUCAUGUGACAAUUGAUGGCACAGUUUCGAACCUUCCUGUAAGUUUAAACUCUGAUGGGAUCAACAUAACGAAAUUGGGUACAACAGGAGUCCUGCAGACAGAUUUUGGCUUGGAGGUCAUGUUUAAUUGGGCGAAUACCCUCAUGGUGACAUUGUCCAGUAGUUAUUAUAAUAACAUAGUUGGAAUGUGUGGAACCUACAGUAAUGACCUGCAGGAUGAUUAUGUCACACCAAGUGGUAAGAGCAUGACAGACAUCACAGAAUGGGCAAAGUCUUGGAGUGUCCCUGAAAGCAACAGCAACUGCUGGCACUUUCCCCCUUGCUCAGAUGAUAAGAAGUUACUAUAUAGUGGACAAAGCUAUUGUGGUUUGUUGGAGAAUGCGAAGGGCCCAUUUGCCCAGUGCCAUGACAUAAUUUCAAAGAGGCGAUUCGCUGCUGACUGCCUUUUCCAAAUGUGUCUCAAUGAUGGAAGUCGAAAUGCUUUAUGCAAUGCCUUCAAUAAUUAUGUGUCGUCUUGUGCACUGGUAAAGGCUGACGUGUCUCCAGAGUGGAAAACGCUCGCAAACUGCUGAUGAAGAUAUUUUUCUCAAGUCGCAUGGAUCCCAGUGAAAAAAAUUGCUAAAUAAAUAAUAUUCUGCUUUGCUUUUCACAGUUAAAAUGUUGACAUAUAUAACAGUUUUUGUCAUUACUUAAUAUCACAUUAUGUAAUAUUAGAUUUGGUGUUUAAAAUUGAUAUUUAAGCGAGUUUCUUUUCUUGAAUGGCUACAUAAAGAUUUGUGCUAUCCAGAAAUCAGUCUAUAGUUAAUCUUGGGAAAAUUGCUCUGUUUUAAACUUGAUUUAUUCCUUCAAAUGCUUCCAUAAUUAACAUUCUCAUUAAAUUCUUGCAUCUAUGUGCAUUAUGUUGAUUUCA